AAGACCAGCUCCGACCUCUCAAUAGCUGUGCGUCGACCCAUCCGUCCAUGUGAAUUGGAUUCUGUGCAUCCAGCCUUGUUUUCUGCAUCUCCACCCCUCCGAGACACGCCGUAGACCUGACCAUCACCAUCACCUCCAGAAGUAGUGAUGGCAGUCCAGCCCCAGCCGAUGCCUGUAGUGAACAUACAGCCAGGCAUUUUUCGGUCCCCUGCUGACAUAAAGACUGAGGUGUGGAGCAGCAGCAUCUGUGACUGCUGUGAUGACAUGAAGAUCUGUUGCUUUGGGUUCUGGUGCCCAUGCUGUCUGAGAUGUCAGACGAGUACAGACUUUGGGGAGUGUUUCUGUCUCCCCUUGUUGGACAUUUCCACCAGCUGGCUCCCAGCUGCUUCUCUGGCCCUCCGGAGCACCAUGAGGGAGAGAUACCGCAUCCAGGGGUCCAUAUGCGACGACUGCCUCUUGGUCACCUGCUGCACCCCCUGUGCCUGGUGCCAGAUGGCCCGAGAGCUGAAGUUACGUCAGCGCCAACUCCUCCUCGUCAAUGUCCCAUCCCCUGUCCAGAUCAACAUGCAUCCCCCUCAAGCCUUUUCUAACCCCUCUAUGCAUCUACAGCCUAUGCAUGUAGGACUCUACCCCUCCGCGCCACAAUAGAGUCAGCAUAAGCAUGAGACAAAUUAGGGGGUUGUCGAUGAGUGCCAUUCUAGAAUGUGAAACAGGCAGCAAAGCCAGCAAACAAUGCAUCACAUAGAUAUCUGUUUUUUUUAUUGUAGGAAAGCAAACACUUUUAGAGAAAUCAUAACACGAUCAAGAAAUCAUAACACUAUCAGAAUGACAUUGAUUGCAGUGAAUUAAUUAAACAAAUAAACGUCCUUGGUGUUUUAUAUAGCUUGUUAAAAAAAUUAUAGGAAAGCAAACACUUUUAGAGAAAUCAUAACACUAUCAGAAUGACAUUGAUUGCUAUGAAUUAAUUUAAAAACUUCCUUAGUGUUUUAUAUAGCUUGUUAGACGCUAACACUUAAAUUGACACGAUUAACACAACCAUGCAACUACGGUAUCUGAUUCAUGUAACACAUCCAUUUUGUACUUUUGUAGAGAAUAUUAAUGUAAUUAAUAAAAUAUUUUAACUUUAAUUGUC